UGAAAGUAUUUUAAGUUUGAGGCAGAAUGAGAAGGUGUUGCUCCCACUGUAACACCAUCAAUGGCGACGCAACGCCUACUUGUCCCACGACAGGCGGCGGCAGAGGGCUGAAGCUCUUCGGUGUGAGGUUGACGGAUGGGUCCUUCAUAAAGAAGAGUGCUAGCAUGGGCAAUCUCUCGCGUUACUCCGCCGCCGCCGAUACCAUGGAGGGCUACCAUUCCGAUCAUCUAAAUCACACUUUUGCUGCUCGCCGCCCGCCAUUGAGGAACAAAGGAAUUCCAUGGACAGAAGAAGAGCACAAGCAAUUCUUGGUAGGCCUUCAAAAGUUGGGAAGAGGAAACUGGCGUGGCAUAUCAAGAAACUACGUUCCUUCAAGAACUUCAACCCAGGUCGCUAGCCAUGCUCAAAAGUACUUUAUUCGUCAGAGUAAUGCAACUGGGAAAAAGAAACGGCCCAGCCUCUUUGACUUGGCCCCGGACACGGAGAUAAAUUCAUCAGUGCCGAAACAGUCUACAACAAUCCAAUCUCCUGCAGUUAUUGAUGACGAUGAAGAUCUCAUGCUUACAUCAUCUCAAGGAGCAGAUAUCAACAAUUCAUUGCCUUGUCUAGAUCUUUCUCUCGAGCCGGCUUUUACGCCCUUCCUGUUUCAACUAUGGCCACCAAAUGCAUAUUCUCUCAAGGAUGGUGCAGCAGAAGUAUCCCAGCAUCAUCUCGUCAGGCCGGUGCAAGUUAUUUCCAAAGAAACUAUGAAAGAACUGGUAGGUAUGUCCCAGCUGACUUUAGGAGAGACCAGCACUGUCCUUAUUGAUUCUUCACAGUUGUAGAUACGGUGAAGACAAGGGGCAGUCAGCAUUUUCGUGUGAAUUCUCUGUCAGCAACAGAUUCAGACGAUGGUGAAGCUAGCAAAUCUGAGUAGCUGUACAUUUCUAGUGUAUAUAAACCUUGUUUUCGUUCAGUGUUUCAUGUCGUGUAGUCUGAGGGUUAGUUGGAAUUCUAUCUGGUGAUUCAGCUAGAAAUACUAAUCCAUCUCAGAUGUAAAUAGAUAAGAUUUUUGUAAUCAAUGAUGGAGAUAAUGUAGCAAUAAUGUACAGAUUAUGCUUCUUAA